AUGCACCAGAGAGCAUUGGUGGAUAUUCAUGGACCUCAGCCCGAAAAACAUGAAACAUCAAAUGUUGAGGAUCCUUUAACACUGGAUGAAGUAAUGAUAAUACAGGGAGCCUUAUCAAUGAGAGACAAAACCGUUCGAAAUGCAAUGGUACCUGUAGACAAAGUCUUUAUGAUGAGUUGUGACACUAUUCUGAAUGAAGCUGCAAUGAUGAAGAUUGUUUGGGCAGGACAUUCCAGAAUUCCAAUUUAUGAAAAUUCGGUGCAAAAUAUUGUGGGUAUUUUACUAGUAAAAACCCUUUUAAGACUGAACCCAUACCAAGGUGUUAGCAUCCAGCAGUUGAUGGGCUCCAAAUGUGUUCGUCAUGUUCACAGGGUAUCUGAAGCCAUGCCUCUUUUUGAUUUGCUCAAUGUCUUCCAGACAGGACGAUGUCAUUUAUCCAUAGUGCAUGCGUCCUCUGGAUCACCAGAAAAGUAUCAAGAAGAUUUUAGCAAAAAAACAUAUUCCUUUACAGAUACUAUAGUAGGCAUCAUAACAUUAGAAGAUGUGAUUGAAGAAUUGAUUCAAGAGGAGAUAUUAGAUGAGAAGGAUAUAACAGAAGCCCACUUGAGAGCUACCAUGGCCAAAGCUCGCUUUGCACGUUCCUUGUCAUUUGCUGUUUUUCCUAGGGCAGAAAAUUUACCCAUCAGCAUGACAUUUGAAAGAUCAGUUCCAGAACAAAAGUCAUCACUUUUAGGGGUCCAGUCAACAGCAGCAAUCUUGACCAAUAAUUCUCCAAGAUAUGAUUUAAUGUACAAAGAGGAAAGAGUCCCUAAUUCUGAAGACACAACUGAUCUACGUGCAAAUUUACUUCAGCCUGACUCUUAUCACAGUUCUAGUUCAGAAUGAAUCUGAUUGCAAGUUUUCCUGCUGUGAAGAAAAUUAUUAUUCUGAAGACACGACUUAUCCUUAUGAAUCUUUGCUUCAACUUGGUUCCUUUUAGAAUUCCAGGCCUAACAUAGAGUGAACCUAGUUGUCAGCUGUCAAGAAAAUUAUAAGUUACCAACAGGUUAUAUCUUUUCCUAUUCCAGUAAUUAAAUUACAUUUUCUUCUCUGCAUAUGUGCUGUUUCAACAAACUUUUUAUAGCUUACAUCUAGAAUUAGAAAGAUUUUUGUGUUAUCUUACAUACUUGAAAAUUGUAAUCUGACUACAUUUUAAUCUAAUAAGCUACAGCAAUGGUGUUUAUAAAAACUAUUUUGUGUUUUCUAGAAUUAGUGAUUUAUAUUGUAUUAUAAAAUUUUGUACUGAAAUGACAAAAUAUCAGAGCUUUCUCAGUAUUGCUUGCAGACUUUCCUGUGAGACAGAGUUUUUGUUCCUCAGGGAUUUCAACUUCGUUAUCUAUGUAAUUGUGGGAUUUUUUUUAUCUACAUUGUGAUACAAGAUUACUAUUACCCAUAGCAUGGAAUCAUUCUUUAAACAUUUGGAAGGUUUUACUGCUAGAUUCAGUUACUCAAUGUAAUCACUUCAUAUUCUGCCUUACUGAGUCUGUAGUAGUAAUUAAAACUUCUGAAUGUGCCAUAAUGAAUAUCAUUGAGUCAUACACUUUUUUGUUAGUCAUCUUAGGCUAAUGUAAAAUAGUUCUUAUUUAAGUAUCUUCACCAUACAGUAUAUUGAUGGCAAUGUUUCACUGAUACAGUCCAUUUUGUGUAUAUUAGUUUUAUAUAAAAGCUAGUAGUACAAAAUGUUUUGUUUUCUUAUAUAAAGAAAUAAAGUAUAACUUUACUAACAUAUUAGUUAACAAUUAAUAAUCUUUGAUACCUUUCAGUUUUGAUUGUGCAAUUCUAUACUAAAAUAGGCUUACAUGUGUUGCUAUAGUAUCAAGCAGAUAGUAACUACUAACUAGUAGGGCUAGGCCUGUUCUAUAGUAUUGAGCUUAUAGUAAAUUAGUAAGCUUAAUUAUUAAAGGUUAAGAUAUUAAUAUCUGGAAAAACAGCAAAAAGGAAGAGCAGUUUAAGGUUAUAUUACAGUUAAGAAUACCUAAUUGUUGCUUCAUCUAUAGUUUAAUUGGUAAUGCUUAUAAUGCCCAGUUAAUGUUCUUAAUUUCUUACAAAUAUUCUAAUUAACUUUGAAUUUAAAGAAUACAGUAGUCAACUUUAAUACCUCUUAACUUUAAUGUAUGUGUUAUAUCUCACACUGUGCAAAUGAAACUCUGUGAAACAAUAUGCGCAAUGCUGAAAAGAUGUUUAACCAAGUUCGCAAGAUAAGAUUGUCCUAAUAUAAAAAGGAACUGAUAAAAUAUUUAGUAUUACAUUCACAUUAGAUGACUGGUGUAAGACAUUAUGCAUAAUAAUAAUAAAUAAUUCACAGUAAAAUAACAUAUGUAUAUAGAAUAAUAAUAAUAGCAGGUGCUUUCUGCCAACUGGUUGCCUUUCUGUGAUAAAUUGUUUGAAAUCUGGGACAGCACUAUGCUACCUUGAUUGCACACUGACAAAUGUGCUCUGACAUGACUCCAUAACUCGAUGUAUAAGAGCUUAUGCUUUCAGUGGUGCUAAAAACUCCUCUAGUAUGAAAUCAUACCUUCCAUAAACUUCUUUAUAUUCUUAAGAAGUUUAGUAUACAGAUAUUUUUUUGGAUUUCUUUAUAAUAUAUUAUACUUGUAUGAGAAAAAGAAAUAAUCCGAAAGGGAAAACCCUGUGUGUUUAAAUAUUUAUCGUAGACAUUGUUUAAAUUUAUCCCAAUAUUUUGUACUGACGAUUCUACUUACUUAAAGAAAUGUUUAUUAAAUUUUUUGAGUUUAUAUUUUGUAAAUUUUAAUUUGACACAUUUUUUUGUAAUGUAGGAAAAUAAAUAAGUUGAAAAUUUUAGUUUAUCUAAGAUGUUACUUACUCUUAUUUUUGAGUGAAAUGGGUACCUCAGAAUAAACACCAUAUUUUUGUAUGUUAGAAAAUAGUAAAGGAUGUUAUUGAGAGUAGGAUCUUACCAAUAACAACUAAUUUCAUAAUGCUAUCUCUUUUUAUUGUUAUAGGGCCUUUCAUUGUUGAAAUCUCUUUCACACAAUAUGUUUGAAUUUAACAUUUUAAUUUUAGUAGGUUAUUGAUAAAAUAUUACUUAAAGCUAUUAAUUUUCAUGAUUAUAACCAAUUAAAUGGUCAUUAAAAAGUAUUCUAGUUGCAUGAAAAUUUGAGAUUACUUGCAAUCUCAAUUUCUUUAUAGAUUUUUUAUAAAGUGAAUGUUUAUGAUAGUUUAAUGUUUGUAAAAUAAAUUAUGUAUACGUAUGCUUAGGCAACCUUAGGUGAAAAAUUUCAUGUCUUUGCAACUUUGUUGGUGACUGUGCAUAUUAGACAUACUGUGGAAAAAAAUGUACAAGUGCUUUUAUUAUGGAAAGCAGAAGUUAUUUGUAUAAGUAAUUACUGUAUGUAAUUUGAGUUCUAAAGUAUGAACAAAUGAUGCAAUAUGAUAUAUAAAAAAGUAUGAAAUACAUAAAUAUAUGAUUGAGAUCUAUGUAUGAUGUAGAGCCUUCCAUAACUUAAAAAUAUCUGUUAUAAAGAAAUGUCACAAGCUAUGAAAGUACAUUUGAAGUGUUAAUAAUUAUGGAUCACAUAUGUAUACAUUCCAUUAAAAAGAUACUUUACUAAAUAAAAAAACUUUAUAAUUUC